UUUGACAUGUUGACGUUUCAGGAAAACACGGAUGAAAUGGGCCUUUGAACGUUCGUUUUCGAUUUGUUGAGUAUUUGAUAUCUAAUCCUGUGGAAUGAUUUCUAUUAGAAAAUAUGUACCCAAUGUGCUUCUGAGAUCCAUCUCGACGACAGCAAGGCUCCCGGCCGAGGACGUGUUUGUCCACAGAGACACUACGGACAACAAUGCCAACACCCCUUUUGAGUUCACUGAACCUAAUAUGGCUAGGAUUGCAGCCCUGGUUCAGAAUUACCCCGUAGGAGCCCAAAGGUCGGCUCUAGGGCCGGCACUGGACAUCGUACAAAGGCAGAUGGGGUGGAUUCCCAUAUCAGCCAUGCACAAAGUGGCCGAGAUACUGAGCAUCCCUAGAGUGCGUGUUUAUGAAUGGGCUACGUUUUAUACCAUGAACAAAAGGCGUUUCCGAGGCAAGUUCAACGUCAAGGUCUGCAUCACCACUCCUUGCAUGAUCAGAGGGUCGGACAUCAUCUUGAGGGCGGUUGAAGAGGCGACCUGCUGCUCCGUGGGACAGCUGUCUUCUGACGGCAUGUUUGGGGUGGAUACUGUGGAGUGCCAGGGGGCUUGCGUCAACGCACCCGUGUUUGUCGUCGAUGAUGAUUACUAUGAGGACGUGAAUGUGUGUGACGUGUACAAUAUUAUACAGACUCUAAAAUGUGGGAAGAUUCCACCAUGUGGCCCUCAAAACGGUAGAUAUGCAUCAGAACCAAUAUGCGGCUUGACAUCUCUGUGUGAAUGCCCGCCUCCACCAGGGUUCGGUGUUCAACCCGGUCUAGUAAAAUGAAAU